AUGGCCUCCCAACUAUCGCGACUCCCCGUCAAGCCAAUCAAGCUUUACACCACACAGACUCCUAAUGGCAUUAAAAUCUCUAUCGCAUUGGAAGAGCUGGGUUUGCCAUACGAGGUUUUCAAACAUGAUUUCGUCCAGCGAACCCAAAAGGAGCCAUGGUAUCUACGUAUCAAUCCGAACGGACGAAUUCCGGCCAUUACCGACACACUGAAUGGUGAAGAGAUCCAUAUAUGGGAAUCUGGUAGCAUUCUGAAAUAUCUUGUCGAGCAAUAUGACCCUGACUUUAAGCUGUGGUAUUCUCCAAAUACCAAAGAGAACUAUGAGCUCUUCAACUGGUUAUUUCAUCAGAUUGGCGGACUUGGCCCUAUGCAGGGUCAAAUGACACAUUUCAACCGUCAUGUGAUGGAGAAGAUCCCGUACGCUAUAGACCGGUACACCAACGAGACGCGUCGUCUUUACAAGGUUUUGGAUACACAAUUAAGCUCCAGCACGAGCGGCUAUGUUCUCUCCAAGUUUACAAUUGUUGAUAUUGUUUACUGGAGCAUGGUUGCAGCCUCAGGGUGGGCAGGCGUGGACUUGGAUGAGUUUCCUGCCGUUUCAGGGUGGUAUGCCAGGCUUCUCAAUCGUCCGAGUGUAGCUAAGGGAAUGAAUGUACCUGAGAUACACCCUGUCCAGGCAUUAAUGGAUGAUAAAACAGGAGACAAAGCAAAGGAAUUUGAAAAUUACAGUCGAAGCUGGGUACUUCUUGGUAUGCGCAAGGAUGCAGAAGCGCUUACUAACUAA